AAACAUUUCCACAUUCAAGCACACACAUAGGAGAAUUCUUUAGCUAGGUUCUUGUAGGAAAUACAGCCUUAACAGAAUGGCCAAGCACCAACGAGAUGUCAACUAUAAUUUGAUUACCGAAGCGGAAAUGCUGGAGCAGCAGGAGCGUUAUCUGAGUCGCUUGCAGGAUGUGGCUGCCAGCUGUGAAUACGUAAAGCGCGCCCUCAACGACUUCAAUGAACUGGAGCUGGCACGCGCCAAGAAGGAGCAUUGGCAUCACUACGUGAGCUGCGAUGAGCUGCCCCGCCCCUACGAUCCCUGCGAGAUGCGCACUUUUCUCGCCAAACGGCGUCACUUUGAGGACAUUGAAACGGAUAAAUCCAUCGACUGGGCAUUGUCGGUGGACGAGCGCAGUGUCCUCAAUCAGAACAUUUACAGAGAGGAUCGCACGCGUGCAACGCUGGAGCAGAAAUUGGGCAUCAGUCCGGGCGUGGCAUUCGACAGGGAUGUGCAAAUGUGCCUCGACACUCUGAAGAACAUCGAACUGAUGCUGGACAAUCAGGCGGAGGUGGAGCGCAUGAGUCUGCAGACGCAGCUGGAGGUGUUUGAGGUGCGCGGGGACAUCGAAGGGGAGAUUGACAGUCUGUUCGAUCGUCUUACCUAUCGGAUACUGGGCAUGCUGGCGGUGUACAUGAAAACCGUGGAUGCCAGGGAGGCCACUUGGAGCUACAAGUGCAAGCCUUGGACCAUGGAUAUUUGGGGACUGCUCAAUGCACCCGUGCGCUUCGAUCAAUUUGACAUUCCCGCCAUGCUGGCUGACAUGCGUGCCACGGGUGUCAUGGUGCAGAUGCCGCUGAGUGUGCUCAAGGAAUGCCUCACCCUGCGCUGCAUUCACACGAACUUCGAUAGCUACUCGCAAAAGGCCAAGAGCUAUGAGCCAGUGAUGCCCGAGAAUGUUAGCUACCCCAACGCUGGCAUUGUGGACAUUGAGGCGUCGCUGGUGAGCGAGUGGCACAUGCAGGUGGAAAUCCAAGAGCAGGCGCUGGCAGCCAUGCUGCAAAGACGAGAGCAGUACCUGGAACUGCUAGAGUUAAUCCAAGAGCGCACAGAAAUGGCAACCAAACGGGGGAAGGAGCAAACCCAGAGCCAGAGCAAAGGCAAACAGCCAAAGAUUGUGGUGCCAAAGACACCAAAAGAGGCGCCCGAGGUGCUGCCGGGCAUGUAUCCCGACACGCAUGAAACCUUUCUGCAGCAGGAGGAGAAUCAGUACAAGGAAUAUCUCGAUGAGGUCUAUCAUCCACACAAGCUGGACAUGACAGCGGAUGAGAUCAAUCUCAGGCAGCACAUAAUGCUGGGCGGCAUCUAUUCCAUCAUGUUUGUGCGUCGGCCCAGCCAAGUGCAGUUCCAAAAAUUAAAUUUGAUUCUGCAUGAGGAUGGACGAGUGCUCCAAACAUUGCCGGAAGUGGUGGCCGAAAUGGGGCGCGGCGCGCGCUCCAUGAUGCCCGAGUUUCGGCGCACACAAAUCACGGAGAGUCGCAGGCAGACGCCGGCCACGUCGCGCAUGCGCCUGACCACAGCGUUGGAUGCGCGAAUGAGCAGCAUUCGGCUGCAGGACAGCGAACUGCCGUACUUCAAUGUCACGCUGCAGCUGCCCGUGGAGCUGUGCAGGUGGAGUGAGCCGCGGGUGUGUCAGUAUGUCACGGAAAUGGUGCCCAUUGUGGAGGUGCCUGCCUUUGAAGUGCCGGAGGAUCGGAAAUCCAAGGCUCCAAGUCGAUUUACAGCCAUGGAUAAUCGUAACACAAAAGCUGAAGGUGAGACAUCCAAUAUCUUUCGUCCCUCCCAGCUGUCCGUGCUGCGGCAAAGCAAACUUGAACGCAUCUCCACGAUCUACGCUCCGUUGGCCAACUUUAGCUUGGAGCGAACUUUAACACUCACUGAAAUGAGGAACCUGCAGAAAUACUCCCUUCCACGCAUCAUUUCCUCGUUCGAGCUGCCCUGGGACAUGAUGGACGAAGACCUGGAGCUGGAGGAGCAACAGAAAUCCAAGGGAAAGGGCUUGAAAAUCGCACGAAGAUCCUUUGAACACGAAGCUACGGCGCGGCCCAUACGGGAAUUUGAAUACAAAACGCAGCACAAGCCGGAGCGCAUUUAUCCCUUGUUCGAGAAUGCUCAGCGUUUCAUGUGCACGGAGGGAAAGCCCAACGAUAAGACACUCCACGGGUUCCUCAACACUUUAGAGGACAUCAAAACUCAAUACCUGAGACGGCCACACGAUCUGAUGCUGCAGUGUGGAGUGCCCAAGGAGGAAGCAAAGAAAACUUCACUUGCUGCGCGAUCCACAAAGCAAAUGUAUCGUCGAGGGACAGUAAACCAAGCAAAGAAAAGUAAAACAGCCAGCAGGGCGGAGGACAUGGACUUGGGCGAGGAUAGCGACAGCUCAGACAGCCUCGAAACGAAGCCAGAGGUGCCCAUGAAGGAGCUGACACACUGGACUACAAAGCACAUAAUCAAAACCAUAUUCGAUCGAGUGGCCAAUACAAUUACGUUUAGAACGGAUCGCUUGGGCGUCUUUGGAUUGGCAUUCAAGCGCUACGAACAUUUUCCCUUUCGCGAUUGGUCGCUGCAGCCCAAUGAGGAGAAUUCCGAUGAAAUCAUGCUCCAGCUGGACACCUACCAUGUGCGAGUUUUUCUCUACAUUUCAGCGCGGGGCGUGCGUGGCUAUGUGACCGAUUUGGGCAGCGCUUACACGGCCCAUCCCGUCAAGUAUCUAGAGAUCGUAGAACCCAUCGCCGAUAUGCGUGACUUACGCAAGAUAUUUGUGGAGAAAAACAUCAAUAUAUUUGCGGAGAACGAUGCCAGUUUCUAUAUCGAAAAGGGCUACUUUUGCAUCAAGCAUGUGGCCGCCGAGCAGCACAUCUACGAUGUGAUGGCUCUGCACUGCAAGCUAAUGAAAUUCUAUCGUUCCAACUGGAAUCGAUUGGCCAGUCGACGCGACAUCAUUGUGGGCAUGAAGACUGCCAAGGAUCAGUCCGAACUCUCGGAAGUAACGAUGCGCAUCACCCCAGACAGUGCGACAUUUGUAAAGAUUUCAGAGCUCUGUUCGGAUGAUAUAAAUGUUAUUAAAUUGGAGUAUGAGAAUACCUGGAGGAAUGUGCACCACUUUACGGACUUGCAUCAGGCGAUUUGCUCAAUGAACCCCAAUGCCUUGGAUAUGUGCAAUAAGGAUACGCUACUGCUGUACUACAUACGUCGCAUAUUGGGUGAAAUUCGUGUCUUGAGUUAUUCCUAGUUUGAGGUACGUUUAAUGAAGGUUUUAGCUUGAUUGGUUAUAGCACAAA